AUGGAACAGGAAGAGCAAAGUGAGAUUUGCAGCAGAUUAGGAAACAUGAAAGUGGCAAAACAAGGGAAAUACUUGGGGUUGCCAAUGGUCAUCACAAGAAUCAAAGACCAAAUCUUUGGUUUUAUCAGAGAAAAAUACCAGAAGACAAUCUCAAGCUGGAGCAACAAAAUGCUUAGCCAAGCAAGGAAAGAGGUUCUACUAAAAGCAAUCACCAUAGAAAUGCCAACUUAUGCAAUGUCAUGUUUCAAGCUUCCAGUGAAACUAUGCAGAGAGAUAGAUGCAUUGAUGGCAAACUUCUGGUGGGGAGAAGAAAGUGGAAAAAGGAAAAUUCACUGGUGCUCAUGGAAAAGGAUGACAACUGACAAGAACAUGGGUGGACUAAGCUUCAAAGAACUCCAAGGAUUCAAUAAAGCUCUGCUGGGCAAACAGAUUUGGAGGCUCCUCACAUGCCCAAAACUUCUAAUGAGUAAAGUGAUGAGAACUAAGUAUUAUCCCAAUGAGUCACCAUUGAGCUGCAAAGUCAAAGGAAAUCCAUCCUGGAUAUGGCAAAGUUUGAUGGGAACAAUGGAGGAGGUGAAGAGGGGAGCAAGAAAGAAAAUUCGGAAUGGUAAAAACACUGGAAUCUGGGAGGAUGCCUGGAUAUAG